AUGCAGCACUACCUUCGCCACGAUACUCAUGGCCAGGCUUCGAGUCCCGUUGGAGUGUUGAUGAGUGCUGAUGAAGGAAAGUUCGAAACUUCAGUCCGGCCUGGAGGAGAUGAUCUUUGUGGAGGCAAGUCUAAAUUAAUUUCAAUGAGACCUGCUCGUGCCAUUUUUGGAAACGUAAACUAUCACUCCUUAAAUCUCCUUCAGUAA